AUGUCCAGUAUCCGUGCCUUGCUCAACGUCCCAUCCUCCUCGCAUUCCGGUAACGACCACGAUCUACCGUCGUUGACCUCACUCUCCACCGCUCUCCUCAACUACUCAUCCAGUGCCGACUACCCCGCACGCUACUCGGACUCUUCUCCAUCUUACUCUCCGCCUCAUUCGCGCGAGUCUAACUCUCCUCCUAUUGCCAGUCAAGCCUACUACAGCUCUUACUCAUCUUCGAGCUCCUCUUAUUUACCUACUCCCGCCUCGUCUGUUCGCAACCUUCCCUUGUCUUCAUCGACGUCAUCUGCGAACGGCUCCCCCUCCUACUCGGCCGAUAACUCGUUUUCGUAUCCAUCUCCUCGCUCCGAGACCGCGACCAUCGGGCCUUCCUAUCUCGCUCAGGUUACCGAUUCCUUGUCUUAUCCAUACUCGAUGUCUCGUGUAGCUCCGAUGAUGUCUCAACCUCCCUCUCCGGCCCUGCCUGUCUCGGCCCCAAUUCAGCAACAGACUCCACCCCAGCCUCAGCAAGCUUGGGGUUCAAUGCCCCCUCCUCCUGCCCCUAUGCAGGCCGAUGACAAGGAGUUGGCCAAGCAUGAUAUUUCAUCCGCUCCUGCUUCCCCCGGUAGCUCUGCGGCUGCACAAGCACCAGCUGCUCCUGCGACGGCAGCCCAAAAGGCCAAGAAGAAGCACGUCUGCCAAACGUGCUCCCGGCCAUUCUCCACCAGUGGCCAUCUCGCUAGGCACACUCGUGUGCAUACCGGUGAGAGGAAUCACAAGUGUCCUUUCCCAGGAUGUGAAACUCGUUGCUCGAGGCAAGACAAUUUGCAGCAACAUUAUCGCAUCCACCUGUCACCCAAGUCCCGGAGAACUUCCAACUCGGCGGCAACUCGUGCUGCAAUUGCUCGCGCCAUCGAGAGUGCAGUCCACGAUGACAUUACCAACUCGGGUGUUCAUGCUUCUCACCCUCCAGCGCAUCCUCACCCGUAUCCGUCGUACCCGCCUCCUCAUCCCCACUAUGCGCCAACUGCUCCUCCCUAUGGAGCCUACCCUCAGUACCCACCCAACGGUUCUGCAGUUCACCCCGGUCAACCACAGUUUGUCCCGGCGCCUGGUCAGCCUCAUCCUAUGCACUAUCCUUAUCCUCCUCCUAUGGGUUAUCCCUACCCUCCACCGGGCCCUGGUCAACUCCCCGUUCACCCACAAGGCCCGCCUCAGGCUCCUCCUCAUAUUGCGUCCCACAACGGACACCCUCCUCACGACCUCCCGGUGGUGCUCCGGGAUCCUACUCAGUCGGGUCAACAAACGCCCAUGGGCGCUCCCGGCCAAUCGGCCGCACCGAGCCGCGCGGCAAGCACCUCGGGAAGCAAUAGCCCCGUGCAGCAAUCGCCUCGCAAUUCCCAGGCUGCUCCCCUUCCUGCCGCCAAUGCUCUCGGCCUCCAAAACGGUGUCGCUCCUGCUCCCGCGUCUGUAAAGCCUGGCCAGUGGAACGUCGACCAGCACGGUCAGCCUCUUGGACCUGAUGGGCGACCCCAUUAUGCGAACGGUGCUUAUGCCUACCCCAGUCCCUAUCCAAGCGAGGCUGGCGGCGGCCAGCCCUUGCCUAACACCAUGCCUCCUUCCAACCAGCGAUCCAGACCCGGUGCCGGUAUGCCCAGCCCCCAGAGCCCCGGCCGUGCGAUGAACGGCAAUGCCUCGGGCCCGCCAACUCCCAGCGCCUAUGCUCCUCAACAAGUGAUUCAGCUCGAGCCGACAGCUCCUGGCCAACAGGGUGAUGGCAGAAGCCCUCGCCCGACUUUACCGCCUAUUGCCUACCGUAGCCCACAGGUGACGACCAACCAGUAUCCUGGUGCACCCAACGUCCCGCAACAAGGCGGCCAGGUCCCAGUGAGCAACACCCGCGGUCGGGCGGCCUAG